AUGCCUGCGAGAUCUUUCAAAAAGUUGGUCAUCGCUGUGAGUGGGACAUUUCCCAAACUUAGACAAGCGGACCUCAAGUCAAUGAUUGAGGAUAAUGGGGCCACAUUCAGCACCUCUGUGACAGAUGAGGUAACCCACCUUGUGACCACAGACAAGGACGUGGAAAAGCAAACCACCAAAUGCACACAAGCAAGCGCAAUCGCAAAUUGCCACAUUGUUUCUCUUAGCUGGCUUACUGAAUCCGCUGAGGCAAAGAAACCAUUGCCUGAAAAGCAGUAUGUUCUCGGCCAAGCGCAGCCUACGCCUCAGCCAGACACCGAGAAGAAUGGAAGUGGCACCGACAAGAAGGCCGAGACGAAAAAGCGCGCAGUGAAAGACGAACCGACUGAGGAGCCUAACAAGAAGCUAAAGGACAUCCAAAAGGCCAGCUCGAAGUCUCUGAAUGUCCCAGUUGAUGAAGGUUUUGAUGAUCGAUCGGACGGUUUUAUGCAACCCACCGUUUACAUCGACGACGCGGGUUUGAUCUGGGACGCAACUUUGAACCAAACCGUGUCAGCCAACAAUGCAAACAAGUUCUACCGUGUCCAAAUCUUGGUCGGCAAGCAGCAAAAAUACAUCGCUUGGACCCGGUGGGGCCGAGUUGGAGAGCACGGUCAGUCGGCCAGGCUUGGAAGUGGUAGCUUGACAGAAGCAAUCAAACAUUUUGAGGGAAAAUUCAAAAGCAAGACAGGCCUGAGGUGGGAAGAUCGGCUGGCUACUCCAAAGCAUGGAAAGUACACGUUCCUUGAGCGCAACUACGAGGAAGACGACGAGGAAGAGGAAGAAAAAGAUGCCAAAAAAGAGAACGGCGUCGAAAAAGAGAAUGGACUCAAGGUUGAGAGCGCUCUCUCGAAGCCUAUACAGAACUUGAUGAAGUUCAUCUUCAAUAACAACCACGUUCUCGAAGCUCUGGCAGCAAUGUCCUAUGAUGCCAAAAAAAUGCCUCUUGGAAAGCUGAGCAAGCGAACCUUGACGAAUGGGUUCUUGGUCCUCAAAGAACUCUCCGAACUGCUUGCGGCACCGGCCACCGCCAAUGCGACAUACGGACUGCCGUACAUGAAGGCAAUUGAAAGCCUCAGUGACCGCUACUAUACACUGAUUCCCCACGUCUUUGGCCGUAACCGGCCUCCAACUCUUGGGAGCAAUGAGCAGAUCAAGAAGGAGGUUGAGCUGCUUGAGGCCCUGACCGACAUGGAUGUCACCAACGAGAUCAUGAAAGACAACCAAGGUGCCAAUGAGAUACAUGAAUUGGAUCGCCAGUUCCAGAGCUUGGGAAUGGAGGAGAUGAUUGAACUGGAUCAGGAAUCGACCGAGUUCAAGGAACUAGAGGAUUACCUCCAAAAUUCCCGCGGAUCAACCCACCAUCUGGAAUAUAGCGUGAUCAACAUCUUCCGCGUCGAGCGUCAAGGCGAGAAUGACCGUUUCAACACAUCCCCAUACGCUAGCAUCGCCAACAGUGACCGUCGCCUCCUUUGGCACGGGUCCCGAAGCACAAACUUUGGUGGAAUCCUAAGCCAAGGACUCCGCAUUGCACCCCCGGAAGCCCCAGUCAACGGCUAUAUGUUCGGCAAGGGAGUCUACCUGGCGGACACAUCCAGCAAAUCCGCCAACUACUGCUGCCACUACAACAGUGGCGGUAUGGCCCUUCUGCUACUCUGCGAUGCCGAAGUCGGUGCUCCAAUGCUGGAGCUAGAAAACAGCGAUUACAAUGCCGGCGAUGUUUGCAAACAGACAGGAAAGCUAGCAACUCUCGGAAAAGGUCGCAAUAUCCCGGGUGGGUGGAAGGAUGCUGUCUCUUUGAAUUCUACUUUGCAGGGUGUUACUAUGCCUGAUGUUGAGAUCAAGCAACAAAAGACGCAGAGUGCUUCUCUUUACUACAAUGAGUACAUUGUUUAUGAUGUUGCUCAGAUUAGGCAACGGUAUCUGUUCCAGGUCCAAAUCAAGUGA